GGCCUCUCUCUAGCUGCCAUCUUGCGUCCCCGCGUGUGUGCGCCUAAACUCAGCUGGUCUUCCCGAGACCCUCUGAGCGCCAACCCUAGUCCCCCGCGCGGCCCCUUUUACGCUCCGACAAGGUACAAAAAGGCUCUGGACGCCGGCGUGGGAGGAGGACGGGAGCGGGGGCGGGAAGUUCCCGGAAGGAGCGAGACAGGGAGGGACAGGGCAGAGGAGAGGAAGGCGAUGCGACGGACAGGCGCACCCGCUCAGGCUGACUCUCGGGGGCGAGGUCGAGCCAGGGGCGGCUGCCCUGGGGGCGAGGCGACGCUGUCUCUUCCUCCACCUCGCGGCGGAACCCGAGGACAGGAGCCUCAGAUGAAAGAAACUAUCAUGAAUCAAGAGAAACUCGCCAAACUGCAGGCACAAGUGCGCAUUGGUGGGAAAUGCACUUUCAGAAGGACUGUGGAUGGAAAAGCACCACUUGCUACUGGAGAGGAUGAUGAUGAUGAAGUUCCAGAUCUUGUGGAGAAUUUUGAUGAGGCUUCCAAGAAUGAGGCAAACUGAAUUGAGUCAACUUCUGAAGAAGAUGAAACUUGAAGAAGUUAUUGGGAGCUGCUAUUUUAUAUUAUGACUGCUUUUUAAAAUUGUUUUGUUUAUGGAUCUGAUAAAAUCUAGAUCUCUAAUAUUUUUAAGCCUAAGCCCCUUGGACACUGCAGCUCUUUUCAGUUUUUGCUUAUACACAAUUCAUUCUUUGCAGCUAAUUAAGCUGAAGAAGCCUGGGAAUAAAGUUUGAAACAAAGGUUAAUAAAGUUCUUUGCGUAGUA